AACCCCCCCUCCCCCCACCGUCGCUCCUUAAUCUCCCAGCUUGUCGGCGGACUUGCUGCAGUCGUUGCUGCAGUUCUGAGCCGCUCCCGACCGGCACCGGGACACCUGACUCCAUGAGAGAGACAUGCUCGCAUUCGUCCUGGUCUCUGGGUCACUCUGGAUUAUAUUAGAAUUGAGUUCCACCCUAAUGGAGAAGAUGCAGGCCCAGGAGAUGAUGAGCGGCCUGAGGAUACCGGAGAUGGAUGAGCUCGGCCAGUUCUUCCGCUCGCUGCCGACCUCCACCUUGGUGGGCAUCGGCGCCCUGACAGCUGUGCUGGCAUACUGGUUGGCCACCAGACCUCGACCCAUCAAGCCUCCCUGUAGUCUCCUUCACCAGUCUGAGGAAGUGCCGCAUGAAGGUGGAGGUCGAAGGUCAAUGAUGGGUGACCCGUCGAGGUUGCUGACUCAUUACCACGAUGACGCCAGGACCAUGUAUGAAGUCUUUCAGAGAGGCCUCCAUAUAUCUGGUGAUGGACCUUGUCUGGGCUCUCGACUCCCAAACCAGCCCUACAAAUGGAUGUCCUACAAAGAGGUUACCGCCCGGGCAGAGCAUCUGGGUUCAGGCCUUCUGCACCAGGGCUGCCAACCCAACCCCAACCAGUUCAUCGGAGUGUUUGCACAGAACAGACCUGAGUGGAUCAUCUCCGAGUUGGCUUGUUACACCUACUCCAUGGUGGUGGUUCCCCUCUACGACACGCUUGGCGCAGACGCCAUACGGUUCAUCAUCAACACUGCCGACAUCUCCACGGUAAUCUGUGACAAAGUGGAAAAGGCUCAGGUUCUUUUGGCCAACGUGGAGCAGAAGGAGACACCCAAGCUGCAAAGAAUCAUCCUGAUGGACGCCUUUGGCUCUGAGCUGGAGGAGCGUGGCAAGGGCUGCGGUGUCCAUGUGCAGCCCCUUCAGGAAGUUGAGGCUCUGGGCCGAGAGCACCACAGAAAACCUCUCCCACCAGCACCUGAUGACCUGUCAAUUGUGUGUUUCACCAGUGGAACAACAGGAAACCCCAAGGGAGUCAUGCUCACCCAUGGAAACGUAGUAGCAGACUUUGCAGGAUUUCUUAAAGUCACAGACAAAGUCAUUUUUCCAAACCAAGACGAUUGCCUCAUCUCCUUCCUGCCGCUGGCUCACAUGUUUGAGAGACUAAUUGAGAAUGUGGUCUACUGCCAUGGAGGUCGGAUCGGGUUCUAUCAGGGCGACAUCCGGCUCCUGCCGGACGACAUGAAGGCCCUGCGGCCAACCAUUUUCCCCGUGGUGCCUCGGCUGCUCAACCGCAUGUACGACAAGAUUUUCAACCAGGCAAACACCCCGCUGAAGCGCUGGUUGCUCAACUUUGCUGCCAAGAGAAAAGGAGCUGAGGUCAGCAGAGGUAUCAUUCGCAGCGACAGCAUCUGGGACAAGAUCUUCUUCAGUAAGAUUCAGGCGAGCCUGGGAGGCAGGCUGAGGAUGAUCAUAACAGGAGCAGCUCCUACCUCACCAACCGUCCUGAGCUUUCUCAGAGCCGCUCUAGGUUGCCAGGUGUAUGAAGCGUAUGGACAAACGGAGUGCACGGCUGGCUGUACCUACACCACACCUGGAGACUGGACCUCAGGUCAUGUUGGUGCUCCGCUGCCAUGUAACCUCAUUAAACUGGUGGAUGUUCCUGAGAAGAACUACUUUGCAUCUAAGGGUGAGGGAGAGGUCUGUGUGAAGGGACCAAACGUAUUCAAAGGCUACCUCAAAGAUCCAGAGAGAACGGCCGAGACGCUGGACACAGAUGGCUGGCUUCACACCGGGGAUAUCGGCAAAUGGUUAUCUAACGGCACGCUGAAGAUCAUUGACAGGAAAAAGCACAUCUUUAAGCUGGCGCAGGGUGAGUACAUCUCCCCCGAGAAGAUCGAGAACAUCUACAUCAGGAGUGAACCUGUGGCACAGCUCUACGUUCACGGGGAUAGUCUGCAGUCCUUUUUGGUGGGUAUCGUGGUUCCUGACCCUGAAGUGAUGCCCGGGUGGGCCAAGAAGAAAGGCAUUCUGGGCACUUACAAGGACCUUUGUAAAAACACGGAACUGAAGAAGGCCAUCCUUGAAGAUUUGGUGCGUCUGGGCAAAACUAAUGGCCUCCUUUCUUUUGAGCAAGUGAAGAACAUCUACAUCCACAAUGAGAUGUUCUCCAUCGAGAACGGCCUCCUGACCCCGACGCUAAAGGCCAAACGACCUGAGCUGAAGGAAUUCUUCAAGAAGAGGAUCGACGAGCUCUACAGCAGCAUCUCCUUGUGAAGGCCACCGCGACCUCGUUUUUUUCCUUUGAGCAUCCUGACACAAAGAUCUGUUUUGACCUGCAGUGGGACAAUUCUGCAUCUCAUGAGCCAGAACAUGCUUUGGGAAAGUAAACCAAAACCUGUCCUAAAUGUGGAAGUCUUAAAUUGGCGGUUUAGAAAAACCUAAACAAGGAGAAAAAAAGGAAAAAAAUAACAGGACGGUGCACAUUGUCAUAAUUAUUUCUCUUACGGAUGCAUUUACUGAGCUAUAUGCUUGAGGGGGGUCGUUUAACUUUUAUUCUGGGAUAACUGAAUGAGUGUUUUCCUUUAUGGCAUGAAUUUGCUGCGUUAAAACCCAGUCAAAACGCAGGCGAGUCAGUGUUUAACACUGCAUCCUCCGACAGAGGCAAGCAUGGAGCUGCACAUACCGCACAUGCAAAGCAGUUCUUUCCUUUACGUCUUUAGCGAACGACACAGUAGAUGCAAAAGAAAUACAUAUGACAAUGUGUGUUGUUGCAUCUGUUUCAUACCGUCUUUUGUGGCGUUGGUUUUAAAUCGGGCACAUGCCAACACUGCUACCUGCUGCUGAUCCAAACAAAUCACAGCUCAGAUCCUCGAGGCAGAAAAAAAAAAAAAAACACACCUCAGCGCUGAGCAGAUCAUCUGUUUCCUGUCCCUCUCUUCUCCCUUCCCCCCUCCUCCAAUCAGCCGGACAAACGACAAGUGUAUGACCCCAAGUUUGAUGUAAUUGUGUGUAGAAUAGCUCCAAGAGAUAUCUUAAAGCGGGAAAACAAAAGACGGUAUUUCAAUCAAAACUUCUAUCACAGCGCAGACUGACACAUGUAAACCCACCUUUCAGAGCUCCUGCAAAUCUUUCAAAUCACCGUUCUGUUUUAUGCGGGGGGCGUUCCCCCCCCAAAUGAAACUGUUUUUAACUCAUCCAAUGCAGGGAAAGUCAUCACUACGCGACUGUGGCCAGACAUUCAGCAUGCAUGCACUUUUUUUGAAUGUAAAGAACUGGUCCAGGUGUAACAACAGCUAUCUCAGCUGGUGCAAUCGCCGCGUUAUUUUAUUUUUUUCCACACAUUCCUGCACAAAUAAUAGGUCUGGUAGAAACAAAA